UUUUUUCUCUUGCCAUUUGUUUGGAUGAUGUGCACACCUGGAAACAACAAACAGAUGCGUCUUUUCUGUAUACUCGAUGCACUUCGUUUUUUCACGAGGCCAUAGUACCGUAACCAACGAAGCUCAAACCGUCAAAAAGAUGGAGUGGCAACGCAAACAAACUUUCUAUCUGGGAGCUGUAUGUUUUCCGCAUGGUUUUUUUUUUAUUUCGUCAAACCUCCAUUGUGUGUAUGGUGGCGGCCUAUUAUACAUCAACGCCAAAAGUAUCUUUAUGCACUUAUUUAUGUAUCUUUUGAACCCGCCUACAUCAUCUGUCUUGGGCAAUUACAAUAUGAGCAGGAAAAGAAGUUGCAUAAUUUUUAUUUUUACCGGUCGAUGAAUAAGUAUUAGACAUACGACGGCAGUAAAGCAGAACAUGAAAAGCUACUGUUUCCAUCGAACAAACAAAGAAUGGUCGAGAGCUCAUCAAGCAGUACGGUAUCAUAUACACGAGUCGAAUUUUAUAUUGCGCCACCAUUACUAGCACGUAAAUUUGGUAUCAACUUGCUUAUAUCAGCCGUAUUAUUUUUCUCAUUUGAAGUAUCUACUGCCCAUAUAUAUAUAUAUGUAUAUAUAUAUAUUGCAAGAACAAGAUGAGAAGCUUAUUACUAGUAUGAGGUGCCAAAUGGC